CUAAUGGUUAUAUCCAAAGUUUUCAUACUGCAUACUGGGAAGGCGUUCGCUAUCUUGUGUAUGGAACCGGAAGUAAUUUAGUGAUAUAUAAUAGUUGUCUAGAACAUAUCCAAACAACAGACGUUUCAAAAUUAUUGAAAGACGUCAAGCGGGAGCCGGAAACGGAACUUAAUGUAGUCUCAGUUGAGAUUUCGGAAAUUGACGGCAAGGUUUGUUAUAAGAAAUAG